AAUAAUUAUGACUAAAACAGACCUGACAUCUCAUCAGUGGAAAGAAAAGGGCAAUGAGGCCUUUAAAGGUGGUAAAUGGGCAGAAGCAGAGAGUUGUUACACAAACGCUGUGUCUUUUGCAGAACAGGGUUCCUCUGAAAAAAGUAUUUGCUAUAAAAAUCGAGCCGCAGUUUAUCUAAAGCAAAAAGAAUAUACCAAAGCAAUAAGUGAUUGCGAUAAAUCUUUAGAAAUCUGUCCCAAUGAUCCAAAAGCUCUAUUCAGAAGGUGUCAGGCUCUACAUGCCCUCGAGCGUUACGAAGAAGCUUACAGAGAUGCAAGAAACGUCAUUAGCGUCGACCCAUCCAAUAAAGCAAUACAGCCAAUCUUGGCAGAACUACAUGAUAUUGUGCAAGAGAGGCUCAAAAUUAAUUCACAAACAAAUACAAAAGUAUCACAAAUGUUGAAACUGGCUUUUGACUUAAGCACAGAUAAAGAGCGUAGAGAAACUUCAAUGAAUAAUUUGCUAGUGCUGGCUCGAGAGAAAGCAGGAGCUGAGGUGAUGUUCAAAGAAGGUAUUAUAACUAAAAUACACCAGCUUUUGAAGAUAGAGAAAAAUGAAAUCAUUAUCGUUGCUGCUAUUCGAAUAAUCGGUGAGCUCUGCAAAGAUAACGUGGAACGGACAAAAGCAAUUUUGCAGGCAGUAGGAGUGCCUUGGUUUUUGGAUCUUAUAAACAGUAGAAAAGAAGAACGGAUAAAUGCUGCUCAGCACUGUAUGCAAGUGAUUCUGAAUAGUUUCAGCGGAAUGGAUAAUAAACCUGAUACUAAACCUGACAAGGAACUCUGUGAGAAGUACAAAAAAGAAAUCGACACGUUGCUGACUUGCCUUGUCUAUAGUAUAACUAAUAGGACUAUUACUGGUAUGGCAAGGGAUGCUAUAGUUGAACUAAUUAUGAGGAAUAUUCACUACACAACUCUGAAUUGGGCGGAACAAUUGGUUGAUAUCAGAGGAUUACAACGACUAUUAGAAGUUGCCAGUGAACUUGAAGAGUACAAAUAUGAAUCUGCCAUGGAGAUCACUCCUUCAUCUCGUACAAUCACAUCUGUCUGCUUAGCACGUGUCUAUGAAAACAUGUACUAUGAUGCUCUAAAAGAAAAAUUCAUGAAGGCAAUAGAUGAAUUUAUUAAGGAAAAAUUAAUUACUCCUGAUAUUGAAUCCAAAGUAAGGGUAGUUGUUGCCAUAACUAGCCUGCUACUAGGGCCAUUAGAUGUCGGUAAUACAGUGAUCGCAAAAGAAGGUAUUAUGGAGAUGAUAUUAGUCAUGGCAGGUACUGACGAUAUUCUUCAACAAAAAGUAGCAUGUGAAUGUAUAAUUGCAGCAGCUUCUAAGAAAGAUAAGGCUGUUGCAAUCAUCAAUCAGGGCGUUAAUAUUUUGAAAAAACUUUAUACAUCUAAGGAUGAUUCCAUCAAGGUGCGAGCUCUAGUUGGGCUUUGUAAGCUAGGAAGUUCCGGAGGCUCAGAUGCUGCAAUCAGACCAUUUGCUGAAGGAUCAACAAAAAAACUAGCUGAAGCUUGUAGACGGUUUUUGAUUAAUCCCGCAAAACAGAAAGAUAUGAGGAAAUGGGCGGUAGAGGGACUAUCAUACUUGACCUUCGAUGCUGAAGUCAAAGAAAAAUUGGUCGAAGACAAGCAGGCCAUAAAAGCGAUGAUUGAACUGGCUCAAAGUGGAGAUCAAUCUGUCAUUUAUGGUGUAGUAACGACUUUGGUGAAUCUGUGUAAUGCCUAUGACAAACAAGAAAUCAUUCCUGAAAUGGUAGAAUUGGCUAAAUUUGCAAAACACCACAUUCCGGAAGAUCAUGAACUGGAUGAUGAAGAUUUUGUGAAUAAGAGAUUGAGUAUUCUGGCAAAGGAAGGUGUUACAACCGCGUUAGUAAGCUUAUCAAAAACUGAGAGUCAUAACAGUAAAGAAUUGAUUGCCAGGGUAUUCAAUGCAAUCUGUAGCCAACGAGAUUUGAGAGGAAUAGUUGUUCAGCAAGGUGGCGCAAAGGCCUUAUUACCAAUGGCUUUAGAAGGUACUGCGAAAGGCAAGAAACAGGCAGCUCAAGCUCUUGCACGAAUUGGAAUCACAAUGAAUCCAGAAGUGGCUUUCCCAGGUCAACGAAUCAUGGAAGUCAUCAGGCCAUUUAUUGCACUUUUAGACCCAGAUUGCUCUGCCUUGGAGAAUUUUGAGUCAUUGAUGGCAUUAUGUAAUCUAGCUGGAGUAAACGAAAAUGUAAGAUGUAGGAUCUUCAAAGAAGGAGGUUUUCAGAAGAUUGAAAACUAUGCUUAUGAAGAUCAUCUAAUGCUGACACGAGCUGCCACUCAAUGCUUGACUAAUCUUAUGAUGUCACCUGAAAUACUUAAGUUUUAUGAAGGUGACAAUGACAGAGUAAAGUACCUGGUCAUUUUGUGUGAAGAUGAAGAUGUAGAGACAAGCAUGGCUGCUUCUGGUGCUCUGGCAAUGUUGACAGCUAACAGCAAAAAGGCUUGUGAGAAAGUAUUUGAUUCUAAGAAUUGGUUGGAAUCUAUUCACUACCUAUUGGCGAAUCCAAAUAAGAGUAUUCAGCAUCGAGGUGUUGUGGUUGUACUUAACAUGAUAUCGAGUACAAAAGAUGUAGCAGCAAAAUUAAUAGAAACUGAUGUCAUGGAAAUAUUAAUGGCAUUGACAAAAGCUGAUGCUGUUGAGGAGAUCAAGAUCAGGGAAUUGGCAGGAGAAGCUCUGAGUGCUGCUGCCAAAUGGGAUUUAAUAAAAAAGAAUGACGAGGAUCCCCAGGGGCUCAGCAAUAUUAAUUUGGAUACACCGGAUCCAGUAGAAUAAGAUUUAAUUCAAUUACUAUAACACUCAUAACAAUGCUAGAAUAUAGAGAAUCAAAAUUGAACGAAGUAUAAAAAUCAGCUUAUUAUAUGGACUUUGUUAGGACUGCAAUAAUAAAAUUAUCCAUUAUUGCAGAGUCAAUGACAUAUUAUCAUUUUGGUAACUGCAACU